AUGAUUACUCACACGCAAACUCUCACUCUCAAAGGAAGCGCACCAGCCGUUCAGCCGCCUCUUUUUGAGCUCAACGACGGAAAGCACAUCCCUUCAAUCGGUUAUGGCACGUACAAGGCUAGUGCUGAAGAGGUUUAUGAAUGUGUCAAGAAGGCUCUUCAUGCUGGCGCUAGACAUAUCGACUCAGCACACUGCUAUGGUAAUGGCAAGUCGAUGGCCAAUGCCAUUAGAGACUCUGGUGUACCCCGCCAAGAAAUCUUCAUCACGUCGAAGCUUUGGGGCACAUACCACACCCGAGUCGAACAAGGUGUCGACGACAUUAUAGCGGAGAUGGGCGAAGGUAUUGACUACCUCGACCUCCUCCUUAUGCACUACCCCGUCGCUCUCAAUCCAGACGGCAACGAUAAAAAAUACCCUACAAAACCUUCAGGAGAGCGAGACGUGCUCCUUGACAGAAAGCUCGAAGACACAUGGGAGCAACUCGAAGAUACCGUACUGUCAACCAACAAGGUCAGAUCCAUCGGGUUGAGCAACUGCAGCAAGCCAAAGAUGGAGACAAUCCUCGGUUCUCCAAAACUGCGUCUCAAGCCGGCUGUCAAUCAGGUCGAGAUUCACCCAUAUCUCCCUGAACAUGAACUUGUCAACUACGCCAAAGAGAACAAUGUGCUGGUUCAAGCAUACUGUCCAAACGGCGGAAGCGGCUCACCAGUGCUGACCAAUCCAACCCUUCAGCACAUCGCUGCAAGACACGGCGCUAAUGUCGGCCAAGUCAUUCUCAGCUGGCUCGUGCUUGCUAGAGGAAUCAGCGCACUACCAAAGUCGUACAACGAGGAAAGAAUCAAAAGUAACCUCGUGUUGACUCACCUUUCUCAACAAGAAAUAGACGCUAUUGAAGCAAUCAGCAAGACACACCAUCAGCGCAACUUCAAGGCUGAUUGGGGACCAGGUGUCAAAAUGGGCUUUGCUGACUACGAUUAA